AUGGGUGAACCAAUAAAUGUAAAACAUAAGAUAGGAGACACUUAUCGAAAAGUUUAUUCUUAUUUUAAACCAAUCACAAACUCUUCUUCAUUUGCUAAAAAUGGGACACUUACCCCAGCUGAAUUUGUAGAUGCGGGAGAUUUUUUGGUUUACAAAUUUAAAACAUGGGAAUGGCAAGAUGCAGAUGACAAUAGAACAGUUCCCUAUCUACCAGAAGGAAAACAAUAUCUCAUAUCAAAAAAUGUACCGUGCAAACAUAGAAUUAAAGACUUAAAUUAUAUUAUGCAUGAUGUGAAAAUCGUAGAAAAUGAUUGGUUGCUUCCAAGUUAUGAAGAAGAGAACAAAGCCACUGACAUAGAUGAAUACAUGCUUAAUUUUGAAAUUCCCCCUAGAAGUACAACCAACAAGGAAUAUGUGGAUAACGAGCAGGAUGACCAUUGGGACGAGAAUGAUGAAGCAAUUGAUAUAAAUAACUUUGACAUAGAAUGCGACUUUAUUAAGGAAAAUGACCCAGCUGAGUUUGAUAACUCAGAGUUUUAUUCUAAAAGUGCACAAAAUGAAAACGUUAUGAAUAUACGUACAUAUGAUGUCAGCAUAACAUAUGAUAAAUAUUACGAAACCCCUCGAAUAUGGUUAUUUGGAUAUGAUGAAAAUGGAAACCCAUUAAAAUCAGAACAAAUUUUUGAAGACAUCUUGGCAGACUAUAGCUACGAGACAGUCACUUAUGACCCCCAUCCAUGUACAGGAGUAAUGACUGCAUCUAUUCACCCGUGCAGACAUGCAGAAGCAAUGUUAAAUAUUAUAAAAAAGUGGAUGAACGAAGAGAAGGAACCGAGGCAUGAUUUGUACCUCCUGUUUCUUUUGAAGUUUAUCUCGGGUGUAAUACCAACUAUUGAGUAUGACUUUACAGCGGAUUUAGAACUUCCGAGGGGUGAUAAGAAGUAG